AUACACUAGACGUUACAAUUUCAAAGUGAUGCACAACCAGUCUGAGUCUGACUGUUUGAUGAAUGAAGAAGGAACAACAUGACUUCUCAAUCUCAGGAAGUAGGCGAUUUAGAAAUCAUAGUUUCACAUGGGCCAGAUAAACAUUGUGUGAGUCUCCCUGGUGCGGCUACUGUGGGUGAUCUGUCUUUGAAACUGGAAGAGUUGACAGCAGUUCCUGUGGGUGGUCAGAAGAUCAUUAAUAGAGGUAAAACUCUUAUGAAUCAUGAUCUGAAUGUGACAGAAGCCGGUAUCAGGAAUGGAAGUAAACUCAUGCUCAUCGGUAAGAAGUUCAAUCCAGAGGAGGAUGAGAACUACAAGCAGAUUGUUGAGGCGAGGAAAAAGAUUGAUUCUUUAGCAAAGAAACAGAGCGGAAUAUCAGAAGAACUAUCCGGUGUAGAAAAAGGUUAUCUGCACAAGGAAUUAGAAAGUAAUUCUUUGUCUAGCCUGGGGAAGAGACUAGCGGCAUGUCAUGAGGAGUAUGUAAGACUUCUAGAGAAGCUAGAUGCACUGGACCUAGGAGUGUGCAAUCAAUCCAUACGUAUGAAGAGGAGGAGUGUUAUCAAAGAGAUCCAGAGCCAGCUAGACACUAAUGAUUCCAUAAGUACUACCAUAGACAAACUACAAAACACUAGUGACAGCUGAUGGAUUGUGACAUAACUCAUUCUAGUAUUAGCUCUACAAACUACAAGACUUAUGAAGUGAACUUGUCUCAAGGAGGUUAUAAUCAUGUGAUCGUGUUACCAAGUGAUAUUAUUUGAUCAAUCAAGAUGCAAGGAUUUCACAGAGAGUUUUGGUCGUGUGACAACCUGACAAUCUCUAAGUUAGACUUAACAAUUAUGGAAAGCUGUUAGCAUCCUUGAAAAUAUUUGUGUAAAAGUUAUUUUAAAAGGAACUAAUUGUUGAUUCAAGUCAUUUAUAUUUUCUAUUAUCUUUGGAGUUUUCAUGUUCUUGAUGUGGAAUUUAUGAAAAGUCUAAAAUACUUGAAUUUUUUAGUUUUUGAACAUAUUUCAUUAUAAGGCUACAAAUGGCUCUCCAUAAUAUUUAAGUCCAACUUAGAGUAAGUUCGAAUUAGAAUCUUUGUGGAACACCCCCCUGUAUGGCAUUUGUUUUUUUAAAUAUAUAUCAUCCAUGAAUGCAACAUUCCCUCAUUUGAAUAUGACAAGUGCUAGUGAAAGUACCAUUAAUCAGUGGAAGGAAGGAAUUCUUUGAACGCACCAAAAUCAGUAGCCUAGCAGAGCAGGGGUAAUAUUGGACCGCCUUGAGCACCUUGCAGGGUGGAUAUGUGCGCUAUAGAAAUAUCUAAUAUUAUUAUUAUUAUAUCAAUUUUUUGUUAAUUAAGUAAAUUUUGUAUUCUUCAUCUAACCCUGUAAGUUGGGGCUUUGACCGGUAUAGAAAAAAAGACAUAUGUUGUAUGGGACACUACAUAACCCUAUCAAUCAAUUGCCUGUGGGGCAUUAUUGGUAUCUCUCUAGGACAUUCCUAUGUGAGAUAAUUAUGUAAUUAAUAGAUAUUUUCACACAGGUACAGUAUGUGAUGUGGGGUGAUGUUUAUUUUACCUGACUGCUAAGAAAGCAUAAAUUCUUGUAAGUAAGCAACCAGAUGACCGACAGCUUAAGGCUAGCUAGGUCCUCUCCGAAGGACCUGGUAGUGAGAGUUAAUGCCUUACCAAAGGGCACUAGCGCAUCGACUUGGUUUCGAACCUGGGUCACCGGUUUACGAGACCACUGCUCUAUCAACUGAGCUAUCGCGCCUCCUUGAGCUUUGAGCUGGCUUAAUACCCUAAAGAGGGGAGAUUGGUUUUUACUCAAAUACACCAUACACAAAGACCAGGAAAUGUAACAAAAGAAAGUAUUUGAGGAAAGUCAAUAGCAGGGUAAGUGUGCUUAUAGCCAUCAGGUCCAGACUGAUCUCCAUGUGUACUGUGUGGAAUUCACACAUUUUGAUCCGGUUUUGUUUGUUAUAAGAACAAGCUUUUCAGUUGUUAUCAUAUUACUGUAGUCUUGUAUUGUCAAGAAAUUCAGAAGUACUUACAUCAUGAAACAUUUACCUUUAGAAACUGAGAAAAGUGAUAUACAUUAUGAAUUAUGAAGGAAUGUUUUACCUGACUGCUAAGAAAAUGCUUGUAAGUAAAGCCUCGGUCACAAAUGCCAUUACGAACUGCUACGAACGAUUUUCAGACAAUGGAAAUUUGGGAAGACAAUGAAAAAACGGAGAUUCGUACAAAAUUAUCAUUCGUACGAACCUUUGUGACCGUAGCAUUAGCAACCAGACGGCAGACGGUUUUAGGUCCUCUCCGAGGGACCUGGUAAUGAGGAUUAAUGCCUUACCAAAAGGCACCAGCGCAUCGCCUUGGUUUCGAACCCGGGUCACCAGAUUACAAGACCACUGCUCUACCGACUGAGCUAUCGUGCCUCCUUGAAUAUGUAUUCCUUUAUAAAGUACCAGUACUGAGUUGAAUCUGUGCAGAGUUGUUAUUCCAAGCUUUCACAAUGUCACGUCUGAGCGAUCUGUGACAUGGUCAUCGAGAGGUUACAGGAAAUCAUUUUAAUUGAAAGAAAAAUCUAUGUGAUUUAUUCACUUGCAUAUACCCUGGAGUCAAAUCAUAAAGGUGCAUUUCAUGGUAAACUAACCUCUUGUUGACUUUUCAUGAGACUAAAACGUUCUCAGUAGUUUUUUCUUUAUCUCUUUUUCUUUUUCAUCAUCCUUUGAAAUGUGUAGUUUGAGUACUCCUAAAAUGUAUUAUUUAAAACUAAGAUAACUGUUGACUACAAAGCCUUAUACAGGCUUUCCCAUAGUUAUCUUAUUUCAUUUCUCAUACUUAACGGUUUAUCAUCAUACAUGACAUAUUCUUUGAAUGAUUUCUAUUUGUUUUUUAUAUUGUAUAUAUGUUAUAUUUUGAUUGUAUUUUUAAAUGAAUAAACAAACAAACAAAUAAAAAGAUUUGUGGAUUAAUAAUAUUUCAAUUAUUGAUGUAUAUGGUUCUAAUGAAUUGUGCUUUUAUUAUAGACAUGAUAAAUCUAGUUACUAUUACUUCUUGAUGCAAUACACAAGGGGAAUUAGAAUUGAUGCUAAUGACUUUAACUUUUAUUCAAUUUGUAAGUUAUAAUAUUGUUGUGAUAAAUUUUACAAUACUUUUGAUAAGUAUAAGUCUCAUUUGAUAUACAUUAUCUUGAAAUAGAUACUGAAUAUUGAUGGUUGUGAAGUUUCCUUACAACAGAAAAUAAAUCACAUUUGUUUUCACUACGGA